UAGUUAACUUAAAUGUUUUGUUUUUUUGUUAACGAGGACGUUUAAUACGAUAGCAUUUCUUAUUUUUAAGUGUUUGUUGGACGAAUGAAACUUCAUGUUUGGUGAACAAGUAGCUCGUAGCAUAGUCUUGAUUUUCUUCUGUCAUCAUGUUCUAAUCCAGUGUGAGCUCAGAAGAGAUGCAGAAUAAGGGUUGCAAAGCAGAACACACAUACAUAGUGCUUCACUACAGGUGAGCCGCAGAGCUAUCACAAAGCCGAACAACUACGGUACAGUCCCCAUGCGCUGCAGUUGGGCCAGAUGCGGUGAUGUUUAUUUUCUGUCGUGGCGUAUAUCACACAGCGGAUACACUUUUCCCAGAUAAACCAUGACUGUUGAACGACCUUAUUAGACCAUAAAGUAGGUAAGCAGGCUAACGUUACGUAAGUUAGCUAGGCUAGCCAACUAAUGCUAAUAGCUGGCUAACGUUAUGUCAGUUGUGAACAGUUUGGUCUGCUGUGCUUUUAAGCUAACGUAAACUAUGUCUCGAUUUGACUUGUCUUGAGCGAAGCUAAAUCUUGAUUUGAGGUAUUGUAGCUAGCUAUCUUAGUUCUGGUUGUUGUUGGUUCUGAUCAGGCAUAACUAGCUAACUAGCUUACGUUUGCCAUUCACAGCUAGCUAGCUAAUUAUAUACUGCAAACUACGUUAGCUAGCUAACGCUUGUCCACACUACCGGUAGUUUUCUAGCUAGCUAACGCAGUUGUUACUUGUUUAGCUAACUAGCGAAAGUUGUCUAACGAAAGUUGUCUAGCUAACUAAAGUUACCUAUAAUAACACCUAGUUACAUAUUUAGGUAGUUCAAGUACGUUAAUCUAGUUGGUUAACUAGCUAAUUUAUCCAGUUGACCACUAGCGACAGAUGAUGAAAUAUUAACGUUAGCUAACUAUAGUAUGGUCAAAAAGCCUAGUUUUAUUGCUGACGUUAAUUUUUGGGCAGGUCGACGUGCUAUUAUGAGUAAACGGGUUUGUGUUGGCUAACGUUAUUAGGUUGGUUGAUCAUCUUUAGGUAGCUAACUACGUUAUCAGCUAAACCUCAGAUUACUCAAUGAUGGCCCCACUAAAUUGUAGCUAGCAAGCAUUUGUAGUGAUUUAUUAUUAACGUUAGCCUAUUGCUACCAAAGCUAAAUACUGGUGUUUUGUUUGUCUUUACCUAACUAAUACUUCUGCCCUCUCUUAACAACACAGACACCUAGCUAGCUAGGUCUCUAGUAAAGAUGAACAUUGAUGACAAGCUGGAGGGGAUGCUGCUAAAGUGUAGUGGGGUAGUGGAUGAGAGGGUGGGGAUAGGGGGAGGGGGUCUGGUCGUCAUGACCCUGGGCGAGAGGGGGUUAGCCCACCACCCCCUGUUAGCUGAUGAUGAUGAUGAUGAUGAAGAGGAUGAUGACCUGACAGGGGUUUCAGUAGUGUCUCAUGACUUGAUUGCAACUGAUGAACUGAUGGUACAUGAGGAGACUGUGAAGAAUGACCGGGAAGAGGGAAUGAUGCAGAGACUCGCACACAAGCUUCCAUGCACGCUCCACAUGCCUGUGAGCAUCAAACAAGAGUUGAAGCUGUCUUCGGAUCCACUGAUGCUGGGAAAGAAAGAGAGAAAACAGCCCAGGGACCUCACAACAGAGUGUCACAAGAAGAAGAGAAAACAGCGCUCUCCUGCCAAGAUUCUCACCAUCAAUGAGGAUGGAUCAUUGGGUCUCCAGAGUCCAAAGUGUCAUGUAUGUGGGCACUGCAAUGCAGCCUUCCGAACAAACUACCAUCUACAAAGACACGUCUUCAUCCACACUGGUGAGAAGCCAUUUCAGUGCAGCCAGUGUGAUAUGCGCUUCAUACAGAAAUACCUUCUCCAGAGACAUGAGAAGAUCCACACUGGUGAGAAGCCCUUCCGCUGUGAGGAGUGUGGCAUGAGGUUCAUUCAGAAAUACCACAUGGAGAGGCACAGAAGGACCCACAGUGGAGAGAAGCCCUAUCAAUGUGACUACUGCCACCAGUACUUCUCCAGAACAGACCGGGUUCUAAAGCACAGGCGUAUGUGCCGUGAGAGGAAAGCCCACAAGACAGCAGCAGCGGGGAAAGAUGGAGGACUCCUGAGCGACACGGAAUCUCUGGGCUUCUCCUUCCCUGCCAAGGAGUGCUCACUGCCCAAGAAGAAACGCCUGAAGACCUCAGACAAGUCUCAAUGUGCUCUCUCAGCUGCUGCCACUGAAAACGUUGCCACAGUCGCUUCUCUUGGCGACAUGGAUAGGGAGGUGGAGCAAAGACCGAGCAAAAUUGAAUGUCUACCUCUCUAUGUGGUUACCUCCAAGGUGGUUAAAGACGAGUAUGUGAUGGCAGAUUAUUCUGUGGCACUUCCUGACACAUCAAGUGGGCGGCAGUUGGGGCUGGGUGGGGAGAAUCUCUCCUCUGAGGAGAUUUAUCCUCCCAAGCUGGUCCUCAAGAAGGUCCCCAAGAGGAGUCUGAAGCAACCAACUGAACCUGAACCACCUGAGAGUUUAUGCCCUUUGUCCUCUUUCGAAGACUGCAAAGUCACCAGGUACACGUUUGAGAUUGUUGACAAACAAGGUCUUCUGGACGUGGAUGUGGCUAACUCUGACCUGGAGCCAGUAGACGCUCUCCCAGGAGGGCAGACGAAACCAGCAUCCAGCAGCACACACUACGACGAUGCCAUGCAGUUCCUGAAGAAGAAGAGGUAUCUCCAGCAGGUCGCUAUGGCCAACAACGACAACCGAGAUUACGCUGUUAAUGUAAGCAGCAUCGCGUCCCAGCCUUCUGCUACACAAGUCGCAGUGGCCAGCGUCAUAGACGAAACUGUUCCCGCCACCAUCUUGGAACCCCAGCCGUUGAGCGUCGAGCUCAAGUCCAAUCACGACAAGAACGUGCUCCCGGAUGAGGUUCUCCAGACUCUCCUGGACCACUACUCAAACAAGGCCAACGUGCAGCCAGAUAUCUCCUUCAGUGUGGCUGACACUGAGGUGACAUCCAGCAUCUCCAUCAACUCCUCCGAUGUGUCUGAGGGCAGCCCGGUAGAAAGCUUGGGAGGUAACUCUCAAGCCCCAUCAGCAGAGAAAUCUAGCCUCCUGCACGAGUACUCCAAGUUCCUCCAGCAAGCACUGGAGAGGACCAGCCAGAACGAUAGCUACCUGAGCAGCCAGAGUCUUACCUUUGUCACCGAGAGCCCCAGCCUUUCCAACCAGCCUCUGUUCUCUACAGAGAAGCAGUACCCUUCCCCCAGUAGGUUUACCGCUGGUACUGGUAAGUCAGGGAUGAACUCCCCACUAAGGUCUACCUUGGAGAAACCCCAUUUUGGACUCCUUGUAGGGGACUCCCAGCACUCUUUCUCAUUUUCGGGGGAUGAAACCACUACCUCGGCCGUGUCGCCAACCGAAGAUUUUCUGGAGGGAGUUGCGUCCUCGAAAAAGACUGAUGCUCAAGGGUUGCAUCAGACUUAUCAAAUCAGCACCUUCGAUCAGAACUUCCCAUCGCAGUUCCAGACCUCACGUUCUGGAAUCACCUCCCAAUUUACUAUUGCCAAUGGACAAGUCAGUCUGCGAAGUCACGGAACAGACUUCUCUGAAUUCCCCAUUGAGACGAGGUCUCAAUUGAACUCUUCCCCUGAUGCUACAAGCAGUCAAACGUUUGGUUGAGGAUAAUAUUUACAUUAUUCUACAAUCAUUUUAAAAGGCACUUUAUACCCAUAUCCUCUGUCCUGCCAAAAUAGGUUACACUGCAAAGGUGGGUGUUGCUCAAAGCAUUUAAUGAUUUAAAAAUAUAUAAUUUCUGUUAGAUUAAAGUGGUCAAUUUUACGAAUUGUGAAAAAUAAAUAAAUAAUAAUGUAUAUGAAGCAAAACAUAAAAUUGGCUUUUUGGGGAGGAAACUACAGCCCGACCUAUGUUUUUUGGGGGUAUGGUUCUGAUUUUUUGGGGGGGGGGGGUCUAAAACUUAGUUUUAGAUCUACCGAUUUACUGUUUUACAGCGUGGAAAUUGUCAUUUUCCCACACUGAAUUCUCAAAUUGCCACCCAAAAAGGCAAUUGUCCAAUAACUAUGCUUCAAAUGUUGUUUUCAUACAUUGUGAUAAUGACACAUCAUGAAAAUGGACACAAGUGUUCAGAUCAGCCCAGUAGUGAAAUGGAUUUGAUUGCAUAGUCACUCUAUUUUUGUCUCCAAUUUCAUUUUCUGCUUGACUUCAAUCAUGUUUCUUCCACCUUUUUAUUGCUUUAACUCUAACUAGGUAUCUGUGCCUGUAUUUAUAAAGUGUCUCAGAGUAAUAGGAAAGAUUUGAACUAACCCAAGAUGGACCAGAGCCUGUAGUUUCCAAUGGGCACAAAUUAAUCAUAGUGGGCAGAACAAGCAAGGAGGUGGGCAGAGCCAGCACAAGCUAGUGAGAUCCUAUUGGCCUGUUCUAGCAUUUAUUUGCAUAUUUCCGUUCGGGAACGCCUACACUGAAGUACGCGUGUGCAAUAACUCAAUUCGCCCUUGCACUCCUAACAAACGUAUUUAAAAAAUGUAAAAUUCUUUGGCGAAGGGUGACGUCUACAAAACGCAGUCUAUUCUGUUGGAGAUUCUAGUUUUGGAAACAGAGCUGUAUGGAGAUCAAAUGUCUCGCUCCAUCUUUUCCCACUGCCGGCCACUGAGCUUCCUAACAUCCCCAUAGUGAGUGGAAAUGCCAACCGGAUGCUUCACAAUGAUUUAUAUAUCUGGCUCAUUGUUUUAACUGUGGUAAUGGUGCUGGUCUAGGGUCAGUUUUGCCUUUUCGAUCAUAAUGUAUGGACAGAGGGGGCUGGUCCUAGAUCUGAGACCAUAUGAAGGGACCCUGUUACCAUGUGACGUGUCGGCAUAACAGUCCUGCUAUAUAACUGCUGAAUGUAGAGUUGUCCACUUGUUGAUUAUGUAUAGUUGCUUGCUAGACUCCUGUUUUCAAGUUGACACCAUGGUAAGAGUGGGUAUCCUCAUGGUGUAUAGCCUGAAAUAUAUAGUUUUGAUUUGAUCAUAUGAUGAUCACAAGAUUUUGAUUUGAUCAAUCUUAAUUUGAAGUCAAGUUAUUCAAAGCUCUCCCCCUGAAAUAAAUGUAUGAGUUUGAAUUCAUAAUCAAUCACCAGAACUUGCUAUAAAUAGGUUGUUAUAAUGGCUAAGACAAAUCUAGACAUUUGAUUUGUCUUAAUAUUAAAUUGUUUGCACAAUGGACCUUGUCCAUGUGGUGAUAACCUCAUUCAGAUCUUUUUAGAGUUUAGAUUAUGGUUAAAAUGAAAACCGAAAUGCUUUGGUAUUGGUCAUAAAAAUGUUACACAUAUUUGAUGCAUGCACUUAUCAGGAAACAAAUCAUGGGUCAUUGCUUAUGUAUUAAUCUAAACAGUCAUAGGAUACCUGAAAUUCUCUGAGGGUUGGUACUCUUCGGGCCGGUUUUCCAGUACAAGGUUAAGACCACAGGACGAAACACAUUUCAUUAUGGGAGAAUGUAUGUCAGUCAUUGUAAGAUAAUUGCCCAUUCAGCACUACUUUAUAUCGUACAUUAACACAUGUAGCUGUAAGAGAUUCAAACGAUUGCUCCAUUUUAUUUAGGAUCCUGUCCUGGAAAAUACAGUUGAAGUCGGAAGUUUACAUACACCUUAGCCAAAUACAUUUAAACUCAGUUUUUCACAAUUCCUGACAUUUAAUCAGAGUAAAAAUUCCCUAUCUUAGGUCAGUUAGGAUCACCA